AUGAUGAGCGGCUACGCGGACGGCGAGGAGGACGCGGUGGCGAUGCUGGCCCAUGACGGCGGCGGCAGCAAGGAGCCGGAGCGGGGCAAGGAGGAACUGAGCGCCGAGAAGGGCCCCGAAAAGCCGGACCCGUCGCAGAAGCCCCCCUACUCCUACGUGGCCCUGAUCGCAAUGGCCAUACGGGAGAGCGCCGAGAAGAGGCUCACGCUGUCCGGGAUCUACCAGUACAUCAUCAGCAAGUUCCCCUUCUAUGAGAAGAACAAGAAGGGCUGGCAGAACAGCAUCCGCCACAACCUCAGUCUCAACGAGUGCUUCAUCAAGGUGCCCCGCGAGGGCGGCGGGGAGCGCAAGGGCAACUACUGGACGCUGGACCCCGCCUGCGAGGACAUGUUCGAGAAGGGCAACUACCGCCGGCGGCGGAGGAUGAAGCGGCCCUUCCGGCCGCCCCCGACUCACUUCCAGCCCGGCAAGAGCCUCUUCGGCCCCGACGGCUACGGCUACCUCUCCCCGCCCAAGUACCUGCAGUCCACCUUCAUGAACAACUCGUGGCCGCUGCCGCAGCCCCCCGCGCCCGUGCCCUACGCCUCCUGCCAGAUGUCCGGCGGCAGCGUCAGCCCCGUCAACGUGAAAGGACUCUCGGGCCCUGCCUCCUACGGCCCCUACUCGCGGGUGCAGAGCGUGGCGCUACCCGGCAUGGUGAACUCCUACAACGGCGUGGCCCACCCGCACCACCCGCACGCCCACCACCCGCAGCAGCUGGGCCCGGCCAGCCCCGCGCCUCCCGCCGCCCCGGCCGCGAACGGAGCCGGCCUCCAGUUCGCCUGCGCCCGCCAGCCCGCCGAGCUGUCCGUCAUGCACUGUUCCUACUGGGAGCACGACAGCAAACACGGCGCCCUGCACUCCCGCAUUGACAUCUAG